GAUUUAUAUUUUUGGUCACUUACCGUUGCGCGCGUUGUCAGCUCGGUCGUUGUCAGCUCUUAAUCCUAUUUUUGUACUCGCAAUCCAAUCCAAGAUGUCCAAGCCCGCGUACAAAGUUGCCGAUAUCAGUCUGGCUGAAUGGGGCCGCAAAGCGAUUAUCAUUGCGGAGAAUGAGAUGCCCGGCCUGAUGGCAUGCCGCAAGAAGUACGGCCCAUCGAAAAUCCUAAAAGGCGCCCGUAUCACCGGCUGCCUCCACAUGACCGUGCAAACGGCCGUGCUCAUCGAGACCCUCGUUGAGCUGGGUGCUCAGGUGCAAUGGUCGAGCUGCAAUAUUUUCAGCACACAGGAUCAUGCGGCUGCUGCAAUCGCUGCCACUGGAGUCCCAGUGUAUGCUUGGAAGGGUGAAACCGAUGAGGAGUACACUUGGUGCAUUGAACAGACGCUCGUCUUCCCCGAUGGCCAGCCCCUGAACAUGAUCCUGGAUGACGGCGGUGAUCUAACCAAUUUGGUGCAUGAGCGUUUCCCCGACUAUCUGAAGGGCAUCAAGGGUCUCAGCGAGGAGACAACCACCGGAGUGCACAAUCUGUACAAAAUGUUCAAGGAGGGACGAUUGGGCGUGCCAGCGAUCAAUGUUAACGAUUCGGUGACCAAGAGCAAAUUCGAUAAUCUGUAUGGCUGCCGCGAAUCUCUAAUUGAUGGCAUCAAGCGUGCCACGGACGUCAUGAUUGCGGGCAAAGUUUGCUGUGUGGCUGGCUACGGAGAUGUGGGCAAAGGCUGUGCCCAGGCGCUGAAAGGAUUCGGCGGUCGCGUUAUCGUCACCGAAAUCGAUCCUAUUAACGCGCUGCAGGCAGCCAUGGAGGGCUACGAGGUGACCACCAUGGAGGAGGCUAGCAAGGAGGCUUCCAUCUAUGUGACCACCACCGGUUGCCGGGACAUUAUCACAUCGGUGCAUCUGCUUAAUAUGCCCGACGAUUCGAUUGUGUGCAAUAUUGGACAUUUCGACUGCGAGAUUGAUGUGGAUUGGCUGAACAAGAAUGCCACGGAGAAGGUGAAUGUUAAGCCGCAGGUGGAUCGCUAUACCAUGCCCAACGGCAAACAUAUUAUCCUGUUGGCCGAGGGUCGUUUGGUUAAUCUGGGCUGCGCACAUGGACAUCCCAGUUUUGUGAUGUCCAACUCCUUCACCAACCAGGUGCUCGCCCAGAUUGAGCUUUGGACCAAGUCCAGCCAAUACGCAGUCGGCGUGCAUGUCCUGCCCAAGCUGCUGGAUGAAGAGGUGGCCAGCCUGCAUCUGGAUAAACUAGGAGUGAAACUCACCAAGCUGACGGACAAACAGGCCAACUACUUGGGUGUGCCCAAGACAGGACCCUUCAAGCCCGAUCACUAUAGAUACUAAAGCACACUCCUCACCCUCCCUCCGUUGACAGCCUUUUGCGAUCG